AUGAAACGGGUGGAUGACAACCAGUUAUUCCAGGCUGUACGGCUGCAGACAUGGUUUCGAGAUGGAAAGGAGCGAUAUUGGGUUGUGGAUGAGAGUAGACAGGCUGAAGGAAUGCAAGCGACGCAUCAAUUGAUACGCGACGUUGGAGAGCAGUCUAGCGAUGAUGUUAGUGAGGAAGAGCAAGCCAGCAACCAGGAAGGCGAUGCUGAGGACCAGAUCAUACGCGACAUCGAGCAGUGGAAGGAGGCAGCACAGGAGCGCAGGUUGACACUGCUAGCCAAGCCCGCGGCUGAUGAGCUAGACCCAUGGCUACGAUACACUGGGUGGAACGAGGUUCUUCAGGAGUCACAGGUUGAUAUUAUCCAGACGUACAAAUACGCGCGUGAGCCAGAGGAGAAGGAGACCAAAUUACAACGACUGUUACGUGCAUGGGAUCGGAUUCUUGAACGCUGUCUUGAUACGCUAGCAAAUAUGGACCACAAGGAUGUACUAAAGUGGUGGGCAUCACCAAAGAAUGAGGUUGCGAGCCAGCAUCCAUUCGAGCUUCACCAGAGCGUUCAGUCGGUUCAUAAGUGUAGUGCAGUAUGGCAGAGGUUCAUCUGUUACAUGAUGAGGACGGCGACAGUUGACUGGGAGGAUGAUACAGAAACUGGCGUGGAAUUCACCCAUGCUCAGUGGCAGUCAAUCCAACAGAUCCAUACGCACUUGCAAACUGAACCCAAUAAUGAAGACGAUCAGGAUCCAUUACUCACAGCCGAAUUGAUGCGACUGUGCAUGCUAGUCCUGAUGCAGGACACUAGCAAGAUUGGGCUGUACGAGUCACCAUUGAUGCAUUACUUAGCUGUUCGUGGGAUCGAUCCACUUACCAAAUCGCUAUAUCCACCACUUGCAUACACACCAAUACUUGGACGUGUGUUAUGGAUCACACGGCUGCUUAUGCUUGAGAUCGCAGUACCAUUAGAGCCAUGGCCAGAAUUAAGACUCCAGAGCAAAGAGGAUAUUGAAUCAAUUCCCGAGCGAAUCCACAAGCUACGGAGGACCCAUCUCUGUGAAGGCUCAUUCUCACCAACGUCAAGCAUCUUGAGUCAAUUAGCUAUGGGGAAGAAGUAUAACCAGCUGCAUGAGUCGCCAGCGAACAUCCACUGGUCACGCGAUGAACAGACGAUUUAUUAUCUUGGAAUGGGAGUUGAGCUUGAAAAGGUUAGGGAAAUGUGCCAUGACUUGAUAGGAUUACUACAAAGAUUACUAUACAAUCUGGCGUUUGAUUCAGAGCUGCCCAUGGUAGAUUUGAGCCAGAUCGUUGACAGCAUGGCUUGGAACACGAAAUUUCGACAGUCUGAGUACAGCUUCAUCAACCAUGUUAAGAAUCGAGAGCGUACGGAUGUAGGUUAUCAGUAUCUGCUUAAACGUGCAAGGAAGGGAAGCAAGGAGUGGCAGUUGCUUCAAAGAGCAGGCGAUGGAUCAUACAAAUGGAACGACUCACAGAAGCAGGCGUACUUGAAUCAAGAGCGUCAGUUCUUACGAAAGUUGAUGGUUACUUUGCAUGUCACAGGUGGCCAGCCAGCUCGAGGACCAGAGAUUGGAUCGAUCAAGAUGUGCUUCUUAACCAUGUACGAUAAGGCAAGAAAGAGGAGGGGAAACACAGAUUACAUUGUUCGGUUCUUGCCCAAUGAGGUCAGUCAAGUGUUAGCACAGUACUUGAUAUAUAUCCGACCAUUUGGCAGGGCAUUAGACCAACGAGAGUCAGAGUACUUGUUUGGUGAUAAUCGAGGGCCAUGGGCAGGAGAAGAGCUCACGCAAGCUUUAAGCAAGGCAACAAGUAAGGGGCUAGGUGUACGGUUGACAGUGCAGAGCUGGCGACACGUAGCCAUUGGAAUUGCUGUAUGGCAUUUACUACGAGCAAGCAAGACGUGGGAGAAGGACGAUGAAGAGGAUGAAGGAGAGUUUGCAGAGGGUGAUGAUGAAGAAGAGUUGGAGCAGAACACAUUCCGACAUAUCAUGGUUAGACAAUCAGGGCAUGGGCAGAGAGUAGCCCAAGCUCAUUAUGCAGUUGACGGAGCAUUCUUGCAUCGACUAGGCCCAGAGUUAAUCACAGCAUAUGAGCAAGCUUCAGUAGCAUGGCACGAGUUGUUAGGGUUGGCACAGGCUGAGGGGAAAGGAAAGCAUGGGCGACAAGCCAGCCAGCAAUUAACACCAGUUGGCAUCAAACGAGAGAGGAGAGAGAGCAAGCAUGGGGUGAAGGCAAAGGCAUUAGAUGGGUUGCGACGGAUCUAUGGCCCACAAGCGCAGCCACGAUCUGAAGGACAAGCUGCAGCACUACAACUUGUUCACCAGCCCCCAGUCACAUCGAUUAUCGUGUUGCCCACAAGCAGUGGCAAGUCAGUGCUGUUCUUUUCAGUGGCUGCCAUGGCUGUUGACCAGACAGUGAUUGUGGUCGUUCCAUUCACAGCACUAGUUGAAGAUAUCGUGGCUCGAGGACAGGCUGCUGGGCUGCACUGUAAAGAGUGGAGCUAUAGUAAUCAUUAUAGUAGUCAAGAGUUGGUGCAGCUGCUGGUUGUCAGUGCUGACCAGGCCGUCAGUGGGCAGUUUCUCCACGAGGCUAAGGGGUACGAGUUGAAUGGGCAGCUAGCUCACAUGUUCUUUGAUGAAUGCCAUGUUGCAUUUACAGAUACAUCAUAUCGAGAGCGGCUUCGAGAGCUGUGGAAACUACGGUACUUAAAGUGUCCAUUUACAGCAUUAACAGCCACAUUGAUGGUUGAGCUAGAAGAUGUAUUACGAGACAGGCUAUUAAUUGAGGAUGCAGUACUACUACGACGGAGCACUGCACGGCCGACCAUUCGAUAUCAGGUGCAGGAUAGUAAGGAAGAAGCAGCAUCUGCGGUCGGACUUCGAUUACUAGAAAGACUACUAUACUUGCCAGAUGGGAAACGUGGAGUGGUUUAUGUACGGAGCUAUGCAACUGGCGACUUAAUCAGCAGUGCUUUAGAGUGCUCAUUUUACAAGGCACGCGCAGAUGAUAAGGGCGAAACACUACAGAAGUGGGCUCAAGGAAGUGGAGGAUGGAUUGUGGCGACAGGAGCAUUAGGGACAGGAAUUAAUAUUCCAGGGAUCAUAUAUGUGGUGCAUAUUGAUAGGCCAUAUGGAUUGACGAGCUUUGCUCAACAGUCAGGAAGGGGAGGAAGAGAGGGAGAGGUUAGUGAGUCGAUAAUCGUCACACUAGUACAGAGUGUAGGGGUAAAGAGUCAAGGGUUGAUGAGCGAGUAUUCAGUGGAGCAGGUGGAUGAGGAUGCAAUGACGGAAUAUAUCCAGAGCAGGGAGUGCAGGCGAGUAGUAUUAGGGCACUACUUUGAUGGGGUAGUAGAGGGAGUGAGCUGUGUAGGGUCGGACAGCGUGCUAUGCGAUUUGUGUUUGAGCCUACCCCUAGAAGCGGCCGUAUCUGUAGUGCAAAUUGGGAAUCCCCACGCGAGCGACCCCUGUCGCUCGCGCGCGCACGGGCCAUUGUGGAGCGAUUAUUGUGCAGCAAAUUGGGAGACCCCCGGGACGGCGCAGGCGCAUCAAGCACGCAUACAGACGCACACACACCGCUCGCGCAAGGGAAGGAUGGCGGCCAGCUUCUCCUACCUCGCAACUCACGGGGUGCUGCUCUGCCGCGACUGCGGGACCUGCCUCAUGCCCGCACGCGCCAGCCAGGAGUGGCACCUGAGGCACCCACCCCACGACCUCAAGGGGCCGGAGCUGCGCACCCUGCUCGACCUCUUCGCGACGCAUGAGCUGCAGCCCCCGGGACAGGUCGCCCUGCCAGACCAGCCCUGCAUCGCCAUCGAGGGACUGCGCCGCCAUCCGGCAUUCUCCUGCAUCCUCUGCGACGACAGCCGGCCGACCCUGACCCGGUCCGGGCCGGCCAUCAGGGCGCACGUGUCCCGGGAGCACGGGCAGAAGCCGUCGCAGCAGAGUGAGGGUGGCGCGUGGCAGAGAUGCACGGUGCAGACCUUCUUCGCAAAGACCGAGCAUGUCCGGUACUUUGUGGUUACAGACGACGACAGGGCGGAAGGGGACGCAGCUACUGCCGCCAUCGCCCUCGAGCCGCAGGAGCAGGCCUUCUUCGACCUGGCCGACGCGGACGCGACCAUGGUAGCGGACGACAUCAAGACGGAGGGCAACAAGGUGCACGGCUUCGACAGCCACCCCUCGGCUGCGGUCCCGUGGCUGAGGCGGACUGGCAUCGAGAACCACGUGCGGGGCCUAGAGAAGGACGAGAUGCACGCCUCCUUUGCACUGCCGAAGAGCGCAGAUGAGGGAGAGCCCGAGCUGUUCCUGAUGCUCGAGGUCAUGGACGAGAUCCUCGCUGAGCUCGCGCUGAGCCGCUUCCAUGGCGCCCCUACCUCAUCGGCACCAGCCAGUUGCAGGGCAGGCAGGGUGCGCGGCUUCGACCCCAAGAAGGAGCCAUCCACACUGCGCACAAACUUUGGGUACUGGAAGCAGUUCAUGGCGUACUGCUACCGCGUCGCCUACUGCGGCAGCCACUUCACGCCACCUCUGAGCGCGGACCAGGGCAGGUGCCCCGAGGACCGGAUCCGGCUGACGGACGAGCAGACGACAGCUUGGGAGGCCGCCCUGGAGUGCGCUGCCGACGGAGACCGCUUAGCGCUGAACGACGCCCUCCGAUCCCUCUGCAUGGCCCUCGUCUGCCACGAGUUCGGCGGCGACCGCUUCAGCUCGCCGCUCCUCAGCUUCUGCGCGAUGCUGAGCGUCAAGCCACGCACCAAGUCGUGGAAGGAGCCGGGCAACUUCAACAGCUGCCUGUCCGGCCUGAUCUGGGCUGUGCAGCUGCUCAUCUUCAGCACGGCCGCAUACCUCGAGAGGUCGGGCGCCGGCAGCACGCUCGAGCACAUCAACAGCAUCUGCGAGCAGUACCUGCGGCCGGACACGGAGACGCCCAUGGGCGAGAUACUGGGCUGGUGCCUGCUGCUGUUCGCGGUGUCGAAGGACGGAGUGUUAGGGUGGGAAGGGCAUCUGGGGGGUAAAGAUCGCAGCAGCAGCGCUGCUCGAGUUCGAGGCAUAUUAAACUAG